AAGCCAGGAAGCAACCACUUUCUAAGAAGACAAAGAAAUCUCAUGUUCACAAUGAAGUUGAAGAAAAUGACAGUGUUUUUGUAAAGCUUCUUAAAACAUCAGGAGUUAUUCUUAAAACAGGAGAGAGUCAGAAUCAACUAACUGUGGAUCAAGUUGUUUUCCAAAAGAAGCUCUUUCAGACUCUGAGGAAACAUCCUUCUUAUCCCAAAAUAAUAGAAGAAUUUGUUAGUGGCCUGGAGUCUUACAUUGAGGACCAAGACAGUUUCAGGAACUGCCUUUUGUCAUGUGAACGUCUGCAGGAUGAGGAAGCCAGCAUAGGCACAUCUUACUCUAAGAGCCUCAUUAAAUUGCUUCUGGGAAUUGACAUAUUACAGCCUGCCAUUAUCAAAACCUUAUUUGAAAAGUUGCCAGAAUUUCUUUUUAAAAAUGUGAACAGUGAUGGACUUAACAUGCCUAGACUCAUCAUUAGUCAGCUGAAAUGGCUUGACAGAAUUGUGGAUGGCAAGGAUCUCACCACCAAGCUCAUGCAGCUGAUCAGUAUUGCUCCACUAUACCUGCAGCAUGACUUUGUCACCAGCCUACCUGAGAUCCUAGGGGAUUCCCAGCAUGCUGAUGUGGGGAAAGAACUCAGUGACCUUUUAAUGGAGAAUACUCCACUCACUGUCCCUAUCCUGGAUGUUCUUUCCAGCCUCCGACUUGACCCGAAGCUCCUGUCUCAGGUCCGCCAGUUGGUGAUGGGUAAGCUGUUAUCUGUGAAAUUGGAUGAUUUACCUGUGAUAAUCAAGUUCAUUCUUCAUUCCGUAACAGCUGCAGAUGCACUUGAGGUAAUUUCUGAGCUGCGGGAGAAGUUGGAUCUGCAGCAUUGUAUCUUACCAUCGCGGUUGCAGGCUUCCCAAAGCAAGUUGAAAAAUAAAGGACAAAGUUCUUCAGGAAAUCAAGAAAACAGCGGUCAGGACUGUGUUAUUCUCUUCUUUGAUGUAAUAAAGUCAGCUGUUAGAUAUGAGAAAAUCAUUUCAGAAGCCUGGAUUAAGGUGA